UUGCUUGCUGCCUGUGUUUUCGUGUAAUGAAUGCAGAGGAGGUAUGCCAUUACCUCUACCAUGGUGGACAUCAGUUAAGAGUCUUCUGCUCUGACUCCUGUGUGAAUGUUUUCAUCCUCUCGGCGCGAAAGAUAGUUGUCUGUGACACGUGUAAGGUUAAGAAAUAUAACUUUGAUAUGAUACACAGACAGAUUGAUGAAGAUUUCCUAGACUGUUUUUAUUGCUCAUUAAACUGUUUGAAAUUUGACCAGAGACCAAGAAAAUCUGUGGCGAGUGGUACAUCAACCACAGAAAAUUCAACAAACACAACAACAACUACAACAAGCACCAGCUCUGACUCCUCGGUCACCUCGUGUAACAUGUGUUCUGUUGUGGCCAAGGCACAAUACCACAUGGUCAUGUCUGACAAUACGCUGCGUAGCUUUUGCCGAUACUCAUGUGCGACAAAAUUCAAGUCCAUUUUUGGAUUCCAAGUUGAUGGAGUGCAGCCUACGAACAGGCAAACCACAGUCAAGUCAGGUACACUUAUCAGACAUAAACCAUCUACUCCAGUAACCAGUGAUGCUUCCCAGACAACAGACAGCAUUAGCCAAGCCAAACAAAAGUCAGCCACUGAUUCGGUGCAAGAGACAUUGAAUGGAAGUGCUCAGCCCAAGGCACAGCUUCCCCCCGUGUCGGCAGCAGAGUUAUUACAACUACUUAAACCUCCUGUCAUGGUGAACAAAAUGACCUCGUGCCGCCCCAUGCAGAGCACAAAGGGCGUUUUCUGCAAGCCACACCCUUGGCACAGACAGACACAAACAGAACCUCUAUCAGCUGAUGAUGAAACGUCACCCAGCGUUUCGUCCACUUGGAAGCCACCUCCGAUCCUACCCAUACCAAUCCCCGUGUAUGUGCCAUCGCCCAUGAUGAUGUACAAUGCCCCAUGUCCUGUGCCCAUCUUUGUGCCCGUGCCCCUGCCUGUGCCUGUGUUCAUCCCCACUACAGCUAAAACCACGGAAGACAUCAAGGAGACCAUGGCAAAAAUUCGUGAGGAGAUGCCUUCAGACCCCUAUGAGGCAGAGAUGUUGCUCCUUGCACGGGCGGAGAAAAGCAAGGAGCUAACAGAAGAGGAAGCAGGGGAGACAGUGCCUGCGGAGUUGCCAAGUGAAGAAGCAGUGGCAGCCACAGAUAUGGAUAAUUUUGAUACAU